UCAAAUGGGCCUUCACCGGUGCCACGGCCGGCCCCACAACCACCAGGAUUGGGUGGUGGACCGACCGCGCAACGUCCGGCUCCAAUGCCGCCACGGCCAAUGGGUAAUGUUCAAAGUGCACCGUCGAUUGCCAACCGGCCCCUUCCUGGACCACCUGGCGGCCUUCCGGCGCCAUUACUUCCAAUGUAAGUUUGUCACAUGCGUACUGAUUGUUCUUAUUGAUUUUUUUCAUUUGCGGUCCAUCCUCGGCUUAAUGCUAUAG